CCCCCCGCGCCGCUCCCCUCCCCUCCCCGGGUGUCAGUCCGUAAAGGAGACACCGUCGUGUCUUCACGAUUAACCCCCUGGCUCUGCAGUGCGGGGCCGGAGAGGAGCCCGGGGGUCCCCCGGACCCCUCCCGCCCCGGCCCAGCCCAGCGCAGGCUCGCGGGGGAGAUUUAGUCUCAUUGCUUCUCCGGGGCGGGGGUGUGGGGGGAGUGGGGGGCGAGCCUCAGCAGGAAGCAAAAAAUCCGGAGGAGGAGUGAAAGCGCUGGAGGAAGCUGGAUCUCAGGAUGUAGCCCUGCGAGGAGCGGCUCCCCGGCAAGGGGACCCCGCAGGGAUCAUCCGGCACAAUGAGGAAGUUCCGGGCAAGGUUCUGACACCAUGAAGGGCUAUCAUGGGGAGCGCAGCCAAUCACAGAGCUCCACAGGGCACCCGUGUCACUGCAUCCCAGAGGACUGUGACCAGCCCCUGGACUACAUCCGCCACAGCCAGGAAUCCAGGCAGCCGUACCUCCUCAGCCCCAGUGAGCCUUGUUCUUUGGAUCACCGCUACUGCCCCUCUCGGAGCCCCGCUGAGUGCCCAGGCGGGCCGAUGAGCCUGACCGAGCCGCUCUCCGCCAGCAGCAGCAGCACCUUCCCCAGGAUGCACCAUACGCAGCAGCAGUACGACUCCUGCGACGAGUGCAUGGCGGCCACCCACCCCUCCAGCAAGAUCAACCGCCUGCCCCCCACCCUGCUGGACCAGUUUGAGAAGCAGCUGCCGCUGCACCAUGAUGGCUUCCACACGCUGCAGUACCAGCGGGCCAGCACCACGGAGCAGCGCAGCGAAAGCCCCAGCCGCAUUCGCCACCUGGUCCACUCCGUCCAGAAGCUCUUCGCCAAGUCCCACUCCCUGGAGGCCCCGGCCAAGCGGGAGUACAACGGCACCAAGAUGGAGGGCCGGGGGGAUGGGUACCACCAUCACCACCAGCACCACCAGUCCCGGCACAGCAAGCGGAGCAAGAGCAAAGACCGCAAGCUGGACUCCCGGCACCGGCCCAAGAUGAUGGGCUGGUGGAGCUCUGACGACAACCUGGACAGUGACAGCAGCUACCUGGUGUCCGGCCGGCACGCCGUGGACCAGGGCACCCAGUACUGUGUGGAUGCUCCUGAAAGUGCCUUCAGAGACUUGACCUUGAAGAGUCUAAAAAGCGGGGGGGAGGGCAAGUGCCUGGCCUGCGCUGGCAUGUCCAUGUCGCUGGACGGCCAGACGCUGAAGAGGAGUGCCUGGCACACCAUGACAGUCAGCCAAGCCCGGGAGGCAUAUCCCAGCUCGGGAGGCAGCCAGGAGAAAGCCUUGGUACUGCAGGAGGCAAAAGCCAAAGACAGAGGCUACCAUUACCUUCAGGUGCCGCAGGACGAGUGGAGCAGCUACCCAGCGGUGGGGAAGGACGGCGAGAUCCCCUGCCGGCGGAUGCGGAGCGGCAGCUACAUCAAGGCCAUGGGGGACGACGACAGCGGCGACUCGGAGGCCAGCGCCAAGGUGUCUCCCAAGGGCUUGUUCCGGCGAGAUGGCUACCGCCGCUCCUCCAGCGUAGACCAGGCCAGGACCAAGUUUGCAAGUAGGCACUAUUCUGAUUCAUAUAUCUGUAACUGUCCCAGCUGCUGCACCCCGCCCAGACUGCACCCUCGGGGACAGGGCUACGGACGCUCCUUCACCACCGGCCAGAUCAACGAGGAGCUGAACCACCAGUUUGAGGCGGUCUGCGAGUCUGUCUUCGGCGAAGUGGAGUCCCAGGCCGUGGAGGCCCUGGACCUGCCUGGCUGCUUCCGCAUGCGGAGCCACAGCUACCUGCGGGCCAUCCAGGCGGGCUGCUCCCAGGACGACGACUGCCUCUCGCUCUUCUCCAUGUCCGUCCCGCCCAGGCCAGCCAUCACCAGCAGCAUCCUGAAGCCCAGCACCUCCUUCAGUUACAGAAAAGCGCCGCCUCCCCUCCCUCCAGGAAUCAAAGCCAAGCCCUUGAUCUCAGUCACGGCACAGAGCAGCACUGAAUCCACCCACGAGAGCUACCUCCCCAGCGAGGUCGCCCGGAGCCCCUCGUGGUCCAAAGACGCCGCGGCUCGCUGCAACUCCACGGAGAGCUUGGAGAACUCCAAGGUGACAGCCAUCUCCUUGGAUCUGCCUCCCGUCCAGCCCCGGGGCUCUCCCAAGCCGUCCACACUCAUCAUCAAGGCCAUCCCGGGCCGGGAAGAGCUGAGGAGCUUGGCACGGCAGAGGAAAUGGCGCCCGUCCAUCGGAGUUCAGGUUGAGACUAUAUCUGAUUCUGACACAGAAAGCAGGAGCCAGAGGGAAUUCCACUCCAUCGGGGUGCAAGUGGAGGAAGACAAAAGGCGGGCCCGGUUCAAGCGCUCAAACAGCGUGACGGCUGGCGUGCAGGCAGACCUGGAGCUAGAAGGCUUCACGGGCCUGUCGGUGGCCACAGAGGACAAGGCCUUGCAGUUCGGGCGGCCCUUCCACCGGCACUCCUCAGAGCCAGAUGCAUCCAGCCGGCAGUACUCGGUGUUCAAGACGGUGCACACGCAGGGCCAGUGGGCCUACCGGGAGGACUACCAGAUGCAGUAUGACACCGUGGAGGUGCCCCGGAGGGACUCCUGGAUCGACAGGGGCUCCCGCAGCCUCCCCGACUCUGGCAGGGCCUCUCCCUGCCACCGGGACGGGGAGUGGUUCAUUAAGCUACUGCAGGCUGAGGUGGAGAAGAUGGAAGGUUGGUGCCAGCAGAUGGAGCGGGAGGCCGAGGACUACGACCUGCCGGAGGAGAUUUUGGAGAAGAUCCGGAGCGCCGUGGGCAGCACCCAGCUCCUGAUGUCCCAGAAGGUGCAACAGUUUUUCCGACUCUGCCAGCAGAACAUGGACCCUAAUGCGUUCCCCAUGCCCACCUUCCAAGACCUGGCUGGAUUCUGGGACCUCCUGCAGCUGUCCAUCGAGGACGUCAGCUUGAAGUUCGCGGAGCUUCAGCAGCUCAAGGCCAACGGAUGGAAACUCAUCGAGCCCAAGGAAGAGAAGAAGGUCCCUCCCCCGAUACCAAAGAAGCCGCCGCGCUCCAAGGUGCACCCGGUGAAGGAGCGCUCCCUGGACUCCGUUGACCGACAGAGGCAGGAAGCCAGGAAAAGGCUCCUGGCGGCCAAGAGAGCUGCCUCCUUCCGCCAGAACUCAGCCACCGAGAGCGCAGACAGUAUCGAGAUCUACAUCCCCGAGGCCCAGACCAGGCUGUGAACAGAGCCCUGGCUUUUCUACCGCAUUGUACAGAGAGAGUACAUAGCUCACUGUGAUGGCCAGGGCCCGAGCCGCAGGGACCCCCCGGGGCAGCUCUCAGCCCACUCACAGCUUCUCGACUUUUUAUCGUCUACGAUUCAUGGAUCCGACGGUGAAUGAACACGAGCCUGGUUCUGUCCUGCCCUCGUGCCCCUCCCCGUGGGGCAGGGCUCUUCCCCGCCCUGCCUGCCCAGGAGCCCCUUCCUGGCCUUUCCCCAUUGCCCUGGCCUCUCCCCAAGCCCCCUGUCUGCCCUGAAGCCUUUUCUGCCCCCCAUCUCCCCUCCUCCUUGCAGCUCCUUCCUGUCCCCUUCCCUGCACACUCCCUGGUGGCCUCCUUUCAGAGCUCUUUGUACCUUGCUCCUUGCAGCCCCCCUCCCCUUUGUUUCCCCCUCUCCUCUCCUCAUGCCCCCCCCUCUUCUCCCGCUUUCCCCCUUAUACUGGAGAGGGAGGAGCCCCCCCCCAGCUCAGCUGAUUGGGGGGGGGGGAGGCAGGCCGGCCCUCCCCUGCACCUCCAUGUAUCUUCCCCCCAUGAUCGUGCCACCUUUAACUUCUCCCAUUUCCUCAAUUCAAUGCAAACAAAGCAUCUUGCGGGGGGAAGCGCCGCUGAGCUCCUGCCAAGUCACCAUUCCCGGCCGCCCGGCGGGCCAGCUUCCCUUGCUGGCAUGAGGCUUUGGGCCGUGGCAGGCACGAGGGGCAGUCUCUCCACGCACCCCGACCACAGUUCGGUCCCAUCCCUGCCUCUCGCUUGGGCACCUCGGGGAAUCCAUGGUCAUAGACCUAUAUACAUAUAUACAUAUAAUCGAAGGAAUAAAACAAAAACUACACAUGACCACAGCUGUGUUCCUGCUGGUGAGACUGGGAUCAGAUCAUCAGGAAAUCCAUGGCAGCAGCAAAACCAGCCCCUGCUUUCCCUACACGUACAUCGUCAGUAAGAAUAUGCUAUGAUUUCUCUUCUUUCUUUCUCUCUUUCUUUCCCUUCCUGCAAGCGAGAAUCCUGGGCCUGCGCUGGGGUGGGUCCACUCAUCACGGGAGGCCAGGAGAAGGUCAAAACUUGGCUGGUCACUUUAUUUUCCAUCCCUCUUUGAUUUCCCCACCAGCUGCUGGUCUGACUAGAUGAUCCAGGGAGUGGAAUUCGAGGGAAAAUUUGGGGGGCGGGGGAGCAAGUGUCUUUGGAGCAGCGUUUGGAUUCUGUCUGGCAAGGGCAAGGUCUGGCAGAAGCUGAGGUCUUUGGGGUUGGUUUUUGGGUUGGGUUUCCCUGGCUGCUUUCCCCCCUCCCGUUAGAUGGGGCAUAGAAACAAGCCUGGCCUUUCAAGUGACCAAUCCACCAUGCAGGGUAUUGACCCGAGCCAAGUGCAGGGCACUGGUUCUGACCCAUCUGCAUCUGGUUUAAAGACACGGCUGUCCCCAGGGUCCAGGCCAGCGGAGACGGCAGGGAAUGGCGAACGUGCCAUUGACAACCCAUCUUGCCUUAGGAGGAAGAGGAACCUGCUGUUGUGUCUCCGGGGUGUUGCUGUGCCGGCUCCUUGUGUUGUAUUUACUAUUGUUAAGGAAGGUGAGAGAACCCUUGGAGCUGUCAACCGCACAGACGGAGCUCCAGCAGGUGAGGGUACUUGGGGACGACGUUUCUGUGGACAGAGCUGGCCUGUCUGAAUGUCGGGGAGGGGAGGGCCUCGGGGGCCACCUGUGGGGUAAAAUGCGGGUUCGUUGUUACGUGCCACGUCUGUUCUGUAUGAUGAUCCUAGAGCCUCUGUUUCGGGGCUUCUCAACCCAAGGGUCACAAACCCCUGGUGCUGAAUGGGGUGGGGGUCUCAGCCAGGUGGGAGUGGGUUCUGGUGCGGAAAAGCUGGAGAACGCCUGUGCAAUAGCACCCGGGGCAAAAGUGACACUGCGCUUGCUGUGCGGCCCCUUGAGCAUUGGACUGGGAGGAUUUAUUCCAGCCGGGCUGCAAUGGGGCUGGCCAUGCCGGCCCUGGCUGCCCAGCCCGUAAAGAAGCCCUUCCCCGACAAUGCAAACCAGCCGGAGCGGUAGGCACUCAGGAGUGAGCCACGCCCAUGCCAGCCAGGCCCAUCGCCUUUUGGGCCUUCUCCCUCCAUCACAAACGCUCCCCAGCCCCUCUCCCUGCCCCGCAGCUGCCCUGGGGGGGCUACCCAAAGCCUCCAUUUGGCUCCAGCCACCCAGUGAUGCAGCCCACGCUGUCCUCUGCUGAGGAAAGGCUUUUGGUGUCACCUGCUGCUCCCGUCCCAGGGACCCAUCUGGGCUCACAGAUGCCAAGACCGGGCCCCUCCUUCGCAGCACGGUGCCCUACCGAGCAGGGCAGCGGCCCUCGCUGCUGGCAGCCGGGCUAGGCCACAAAGAGAGUCCAGCAGGGCCAAGGCCUGGAGCCCUCACUAGGUUCAGCCUGAGUAAGGACUGGGGCAGGCCAGCAGGCAUUAGCCUUCAGUCUCUAUCGGGCCAAUAGCACCCAGGGACAGCAGCUCCCUCCCCGGUCAGUCACUGUCAUUUACGCCAGCUGGGAAAGUGAUUUGGAAAAGCACAGCCACGGGCAAGUGGAACUGGAGGUUGCCAUGGUGGCGGGGCUCUGGCUCGUGGCCUGUUGGUUGUCACCCUGUGCCUCAUGCAGUCCUUUACCUCGCAGCAAAGCGAGCGUGAAACGCGGCCAUUCCGUUUGGUGGCGCCUACCCCCGCUUUGCACCGGUGUAAAAGAUGGGCCCUGGGGCAAUGGAGGAUUGGGACCCUGCUCUGUUCAGACCACCUCAGUGACGAUAACCUCCAGCAGGUGCACCGGCUCCCUAACCGCCGGCCCCCCUGGGAGGGGGGGUAAGUGCUGCUCUCCUUAGCGGAUGUGGAAAUGGAGGCCCAUGGAGCUCAGGGGCACGACUCCUAAGCUCCCAUCUGUCACUGGAGACAGACUGAAGACAUGAAUGUGGGUCUGCCCUUCCCCAGGCUGAGUUCCUGCUCGUGAGAGUGGGAGGGGCAGAUGGGAUUCGCCUUACAAGAGCCCCCUCCUCCAUGGGCAUCCCAUCCUCCAUGGUACCGCAUUAGCAGUGCCCUGUCCUCCCGGGUAUCAUGAGGGAUGUCCUCACACGCAUGCUACAUUAGAGGAGUGCCCUCCUUCUUCUGGCAUGGCUGCCAUGGUAGCUUUCAUCAGAACCCACUUUAGCGCGUAGCCAUCACCCCUGACAGCAUGUAGAUGAAUAGUGCCUGGGGAGCCUGCUAUCCAUGGCCCCCUCCGCGCAUCAUUACCUGCACACAAGCCAAAGGUAGUGCUGUACACGCCUCAUAUUACCCACCAUGCUCACCUUCUCCACCAGGCUGAGCGUGCAAAAUGGGGGGGGGGGUGAUUUCAGAUGAGACGGUAGGGAGAUGGGGCAUGAACAAAGGGGCCCUGUAAGGUGGGUACUCGCCAGGGAUGUGGAGAUCAGAUGGUCCAAGUGUUACUAUGAGCCCCGUGCUGGUUCUCAUGGACCGUCUUUCCUCUCCUUUUCACUCAUUCUGCUCCCAGCCGUGCAGACCCCUCCUUCCACCCAAAGCACAGUCUGUUCCACCUGCCCUGACGUCCGUAAGGCUGGGGAGCAGAGAGUUCACCCACUGAGCCUGGUGUCCUGCCCUGGGAAAACGGGGUUGCCAAGUCAACCACUCUGAAAGUUCAAGGUAAAAACUCAGUGCUGCCUUCUCACUUGUCCCUCCUUCCAACUGGGGAGCCCCCUGCACUGUGAAACCCUUCAAGGGGACCCCCCUCUUCUCGCCACCCCAUGAUUGUACCAGCUCCUGCUCCCUGCCCACUCAGCUGUCUUGGAGACGCCCUGAUUGAGACAUGAAGAGGGGAGGAAAGAGCCCAAGAAGAGUGGCUAAAGGGGCAGCAAGGGAAGGAGCAGAGACACCAGCCACAGCCUAGAUGGCCAGAUCUCUAGGGCAGGGACGGUCUUUUUCAUGAGCGUAUAGCUCCUAGCACUGUGGAGGCCCCGAUCCCUGACUGGGUCCCUCAGGCGCCACUGUAAUAAUCGCCAAUAGUAAAUUUCAGCCCAAGGGGACAUCCUGCCUGGCGCAUGCUGGGAUACCUCCCUGUAGCACCUGGGACAGGUAGGAGGUACUGAGAGAUGGGAGAUUCCACAAGCAUACUGGCUUGGGCAGGCGGAGGGAGGAAAGCUUAAUUCUACCAAGAGCAAUGCACCACUCACCCUGGGGCCUUUACUUCCCCCCUUGGAUGGGAUCCAUACCAUGAUGUGGUGCUAAAACCUCCCCCGGCCUCUGUUAUGUGCCUGUCCAGUUGGGAGGGCCUCGGGUUACUACAUUAAAAUAGAUGUUUAAAGGGAAGGAGGGGGGAAUCCAACCAGCAUAUUCUGGAACAGAGAAUCAUGAAAAAAAUACCCAACAGCGUGAGCUCUGGCCCAGCUGGGGGAGGGGAAAGGCAGGAGACUCCUUGGUCAGCAUCCAAUACUCUCUGAACGCUGCUGUUACCAUCCUGGCCAGGAAAGCAACCAUCAGCUCGGUUCACCUGUUCUCUGCCUCCGUCCACACUUUAGUUCUUAGCAAUGUGCCUGGAAGAGGAAGCCCUUCCACUUGUAAGUUCUGUAAGACAAACAAUACUGUACAGUGACUGUGACAUGUGGUUUCAUUUUUAUUGUAACAAACUUAGCCGUACUGUAAUAAAGACGACUCUUUGAUUACUCUGGGCCUGGCACCAUUCUCCCAGCCGGUGCUAGUCUCACCUUUGA